AUGAAAGUUCGCACGGGAAUAUCGGAUGGUGUCGUAGGAGUUUUCUUCUUAAUUGGAGUAUUUCUACGAAGAAUAUUGCCCGGCAAAAGCCCUAGACAAAUUCCAAGAAAAACUAAAGAAAUUCAUGGAAAAUUGCCAUUAAAAAAACUAGUGCGUUUUGAAAGAUCAUUUAGCCGGAAAAAGCACUACGGUGAAAUACUCCUUGAUUUUAGAUAA